CUCACUUCACUCGUUCCAUCGUCGUUGAUAGCCGCAGCUUGCGACAAUCCAAGUUUGCCCUCUCCGCUUCCGCACACAAAGCUGCAGGUAGCGCGACCAACCUGCGAAGAUGGACUCUUACACCUCGCAAGAGACGGACUCGUACCGACGCCGAUCUCCUGGCUCCGGGGAUCGUCGCAAUCGGCAGAGCCGAGGACGUUCACGGUCGCCCCAGAACAUCGAUCGUUAUCAGCCGGAUCGUAACCGCGAUUACGACUAUCGCCCUCGGGAAGGUGGCCGCCGCCGAUCAUCUCCACCGCCUGUUCAGGCUGGUAUCGAUAGAUAUGUCCCCGGCCAGGACAACUUUACCCCAACUUUCUCAAGCAAUCCGAUGCCUAACCCAAUGACGCUUGAAUAUCAGGUCGGAUUCAACUUCUUCGCAGAGUGGUGGCGUGUAGAACAGAUCAUCAAAGAAGAAAAAGAGCGUGCCAAGAACGGUGGAAGGAAGCCAGGGCUCAAGGGCGAACGUGAAGCUCGAGAGGAGCGCGGGAAAGAGCGUGAGCUGAUACAGGCGGCAUAUGACGAGUAUAAGGAGAAGCUGCAAGUGCAGAUGGCCAAGACAUUUGUGGAUAAGCACAAAGGUGAAGAGUGGUUCAAGGAGCGCUACAACUCCGAGUACCGACAAGCAUUUCGCGAGAAAUUGCGAGGCUAUCGACAUGCUAUCUAUCAUGACUGGGCGCGCCAAAUCGAUGAUGGGUACUUUGACGAGUUCACGCUCGAAGGUAUCUACAAGAACGAGUCCAACGGUGCCGGCGGUCUUGUUGAAAAAGAAGAGGGAGAAACUACGGCAGCCAACGAAGUUCUCGGUGUAGGUGACCUUUUGCCUUGUAAGGGCGGAGAGUUACGCGACGAAGCUGCUCUGCAACCCACUCUGCUCAUCAAAACCAUUGCGCCUACUGUCAACCGGGACAAAGUUGAGGAUUUUUGUAAAGAACACCUGGGUGAAGGUGCUGGCGGUUUCAAAUGGCUAAGCAUGAGCGACCCCAACCCGCUCAAGAAGUGCCAUCGCAUCGGUUGGGUUAUCCUCCAUCCCAGUGACGAACAGCCUAUGAUCAUUGAUGACCGUGGUGAUGGUCGCGUAGAAGAAGAAGGCGAGGACGGUGCGGUUGAUGACAAACCAAACGUCUCCCAGUCGCCCCUUGGUACUGCACAAAAGGCCCUCGAAGCCCUCAACGGCAAGACAGUCAUUGAUGAUCAACGCGGAAAUUUCACUUGCCAUGUAGGAGUUCAUGAGCCGCCUGCUGCGCCUCGCAAGAAGGCGCUUUGGGACUUGUUCUCAGCACCUGAGAGGAUCGAGCGUGAUCUAGAGCUCGCUGAGCGAUUGGUGAACAAGCUCGAUGGUGAAAUGAGGGAAGGACAUGAAGAUGAGUUCGGCGAAGUCAACGGUGUUGCUAAAAUAGAGCAACGCGUGGAAGACUUGCGCUCCAAAGGCUGGCUACAGCCCCCCGCAAAUGCUCCAACUGCCGUUAAGAAAGAACGAGAUCCGGAGGAUCUCGAAGAAGGCGAGGAUGAGACGAUGGAUGAUGAGGAAGAAGGUGCCGUCGAUGAUGAGGUCGACGAUGAAGAUCUUCUAGCCAAGAAGAAGAAGCUCGAUCUUCUCAUCGAGUACCUCCGUCGCGUGUACAACUUCUGCUUCUUCUGCGUGUUUGAGAGCGACUCUGUUCACGAGUUGAUCCGAAAAUGCGCUGGCGGUCAUCUUCGUCGACCCCGUGCAAGUCUGACAACGGCUGCUAAAGCUACUGCAAGGGCUACAGCCAACGGACAGCCUUUCCCCUACAAGAAGCAAGAAUCUGCAGGAGACGUGGAGGGCGAUGGCAGUCCCGUCGAAGUUAGGCAGACGCCCAAGCUGAGCGGCAAGACGCAGCAGCAGCUACAGCGCGCCUUCAACUGGGUGAAGACGUACGAAGAGAAAUUGCUACAGCUUCUCGAGCCGGAGAACAUCGACAUUCGAAAGCUAGGUGGAAAGCCGCUUGAGGAGGCUGUAGAGGAUGAGCUGGCCAAGUACGUCAAGCAAGAAGACGAGUCGAAGUGGCGUUGCAAGGUUCCAGAGUGCACGAAGUUGUUUAAGGGACAGAACUUCUGGCGCAAGCACAUUGAGAAGAGGCACCCCGAAUGGCUUGAGAAAUUGCACACGGAUCUCCAACUGGUCAAUAUCUACGUUAUGGAUCCUGCGCACAUCGCGCCUUCACGGAGUGACGCGAAUAGCAACGGACACUUUCCAAUGGGUAAUCACGUCGCCGCCACUGGAACACCACGCGGAUUCAACUUGGCUAACAUGAACAUCAACUUAGCGAAUCCAGGAGCCAAUUUCCAAGGACUCUUUAACCCCGCCAUGGGUAACUGGGAUGCAAACUUUUCCGCGGACGGACACCAGGCAGGCCCUAUGCGACGUGGGGGACAUCGGUUCAACAACCGAUCGGGUCCCUAUGACCGGCAGAACCGCGACGGGCGUAACCGCAACAACGGCCGCUUGACGCCGCCGCCUCGCAAUGGGCGUGGGGGCCCUCGCUUUGGUGAAGGUGGACCAGGCCCUAUGCAGUCGACUCAGGGACGAUCCCUCAAGAGCUACGACGACCUUGAUGCCGUCGGCUCGGGCGGCACGGGCGAGCUUAACUACUAAGGUUUCGUAACGACCAUACGGAGUCCAAAUUGUCAUAAUAAGUGUAUGGAAUUUUCGCGGGAACACAUUUAAAGCGGGUGUAUAGUAUGGAUCACGGGCGUUACGGAGCAUGUGGACAGUGUCAUACCAGAUCAUGUUUCUUUACG